GAGCUCUGCUGCCUGCCAGCCUGUUGGACUGGAAAAUGGAGCCAACCCGCCAGCCGAAUGGUUCCCACGCAGCCAGGGCCCAGGGCUGCGGCAGCCCAACAGCGAGGUGGAUGGCGGAGAGAGAAGCUUCAGGGUGAACCUCCACUGCAAACACGGGCGGCCCAGAGAACUGAAGUGUAACAGCAGGAGCAGCAGAACAGAAGGUCCUGGCUCCGCCUUUGCCGACAUCCACCCCAGCAACUGCUCUGCCAAAAGGCAUGCCGGUGAGGAUGAACUAAAGAGGCGCCUGAAAGCGCAGGGCCCACUGGCACCGCCAACCGGAGGCACCGUACACAAUUCUUCAGAUUUCUCGCAAGAGCCGAAGUUUUACCAGGCCGGCCACCCAAGUCCGAAAGCAUCGUCGUGUCUGGCAGAGAAAGCCUUGUCGUUUGGAAUGCUCAGCUUUCCAGAAGGCUCUUGCUCCAAGUUAGGCAGGGAGCACAAAUCCAGCUCGCUGCGUCAUACUGAGACGGCGGAGCGGUCCAAGGGCCUUCAUACCCAGGGCAGCACCAAGACAGAGAGCUUGCUGCCGGCCAGUGUCCUGGGCUGCCCUGUUGAUGCUCAGGGCUUGGAUGAGACAGCCACCCAUGACAGAGCUGCCAAGACCUUCUCCAACUUCACUCUGGCCUCAGGAAGGUACAACAUUGACAACAUUAUCUCGCUGCUGAAGAGCAAGUGUGGCAAUGGCCGCAUCAACCUCUAUCCUGUGGUGCAGCUCAUAGAUAUCAUGAAGGACAUCAACCGCCUCUCCCAAGACCUGAAGAGCUGUGGGGUUCACCUGGACUGCAGCAACCUACAGCUCAACAGCCACCCUCCGCUCAGUGAGGAAGGCCCGGAUCAGGGUCUGCAGUACAGCUUCUAUUCCUCCCCGGUGUUGGCCAACAGCAUUCGUAGCCCUGAGGAGCUAGCAGCGCCAGGCGGCGCUAAAGCUGAGCUGCCUCAACAGACCCAACCUGACCUGUAUACGGGAGAGUCAGAAGAGGGGCCCCAAAGUACUCAAGACGAUACCUGCCAGAGUAGUCCCGGUCUGAAGGCUCCCAGCAUCUUGGACGAAGUGAGCAGCUCAGCAUCUGAUACUACCGAUUAUACUGAGCUGGCCGAUACAGAUAUCCUGAGUGAACUGGCUUCGUUGGCAUGCCCAGGUCCCCAGUUGCUAGACCAGCAGCAUCCAGAGUCCCAGCCCGAGUUGCUCCAAAGCCAGGAUCUUGAGUCAAGAUCCCAAUUAAUGGGUUCCCAGACCCUGGAACACCGGCCUCAGCUAGUAGACUCCAAGUCUCUAGAGCCUCCUCCAGAGCCGCUGGCCUUGCAGACUGUGGAGCCCUUGCCUGCACCCUUGGGACUACAGAGCCUUGAGCCUCUCGAGCUCCAGAGCCUAGAGCCUUUGUCGGAAUCACUAUCCCUCCAGUCCCUGGAACCCCUUGCUGAGCCCCUGGGCCUCCAGUCUUUAGGGACCCUGGACCAUCAGUUGCUUGACUCCCAAGCCCAACUCCUAGAUCCAGAAUCCCAGCUGCUAGGACCCCUGCCCAAACUGUUAGACCCCCAGCCCCAAGUGGGGGCAGACGAGCCCCUAGGCUCGCAUUCACUGCCGCCGGGAUCCCGCCUAGGCGGCUGCUCCUUAAGAGGAGCCGUAAGGCGAGGGGCAGGGCGGGGGAGGGAUGAUCACAGGAAAUACGCCUUGCGUAGAACAGACAAACCAAAGAUGCUCUGCCGNNNNCGGAGGGGGGGGCGGGGGCGGCGGGUGGAGAUUGCCGCAGAGACCAGGGUCCUCCCUAUGGUUGCGCCAGCAGAGGUGGUGAUGGCCCCGCCGGAGGAACCCAGGAUGCUCGCGGAAACUGCGCCGGCCGAUGAAGCAGACACUCCUGUCCUUUCCCCUUUGGAACCCGAAUGUGACCAGAAAACUGCCCCUGCCGUCCUGCAGCCCCCCAAGCCCAAGUGUCGUGGCAUACGCAGGAUGGUGGUGAAGAUGGCCAAGAUUCCCGUCUCCCUUGGGAGGAGGAAUAAGACAACGUACAAAGUGUCCUCUCUCAACAGCAACCUGAACCUAGAAGGCAAAGAGUUGACGACGUGCACUUCCAUGGAGCCGACGCCACUGCUGAAGAUGAAGAACAACGGGCGCAAUGUGGUGGUGGUCUUUCCUCCGGGAGAGAUGCCCAUUAUCCUGAAGCGCAAGCGAGGAAGGCCUCCCAAAAACUUGAUGCUGGGACCCUGCAAGCCCAAGGAGCCCACCCCGGACGUGAAGAAACGGAGGAGGAGGAAACAGAAGCUGGCCUCCCCCCAGCCCUCUUACGUGGCUGAUACCAACGACAGCAAAGCCGACUAUUCCGACGUCUUGGCAAAGCUUGCCUUUCUAAACCGCCAGAGCCAGUGCUCGGCGCGUUGCUCCCCACCCCGCUGCUGGACCCCAAGUGAGCCAGACUCCAUCCAUCAAGCCCCUGACACUCAGAGCAUCUCCCAGUUUUUGCACCGGGUUCAAGGUUUCCGCAGGCGUGGCGGCAAAGGAGGCGGGUUUGGACGUGGAGGAGGGCAUUCUGCCCGCUCGUCUCGCUGCUCCUUCAGCGACUUCUUUGAAGGGAUUGGGAAGAAGAAGAAGGCAGCCCCUGGAGCGGCCAUGCAUGCGGAUCCUACUCACCCACGGAAGAGGGGCCGCCCUGAGCCAGACGCCAUGGAGAAGCCCAAGAGGAAGAGGAGGUCCCGCAAGAACGGGGUGCUGUUUUCAGAACAAAAUGCUAGCCAGAACUUCAAUGAUGGGACUUCUGACUGGUGUGGUGACAAGGAGAGUUCCUGGAUGUCCCACCACGGACAUCCCUCCAACCAAGCUAGCAGGAAUUGCAGUUUCCAAGGCGCCGAUUCUCGGACCUUUCACUCUUCAGCACUGGAGACGAGUUCUUCCAGUAGGAGUGGAUUUUUUGGGGGCAGCAAUCCCUCAUCCCAGUCUGAGCUUAGCCAGGAAAGGCAGAACCUUUUCACAGGGUACUUCCGUUCCCUGUUGGAUUCUGACGACUCCUCAGACCUUCUGGACUUUGCCCUCUCAAACACACGCUCCGAGUCGCGGAAGUCCACAACCACGUACACCGCCCCGCCCAACGCCAUCGCGACACAGAGGGGCAUGGCGUCCUACCCAAGCCGAGGAGGCAAAGCUACGCCCUCGUCCACUACCAGCGCUGCUACUACUGAGACCCCCUUCCAUACCGUCAUGACCAACCGGCAGUCAUUCCCUCCCACCAGAGCAACGGGGUACAGCCUCUCCCAGGCUGCUUCCGAGUGCCGCAGUACAGAUGCCUUCCAGAAGUUGGUGCCUCUUUCAGCCGUCUCCAGGUCACCCACCGCUCACUCCACGGGCGCCUCCACCUAUGCACAGUACGGCAGCUACAGCGGUGGCGGAGGACAGAGCAUCACGCCCUCUAGCUUGUUUCAGCAAGGAAAGCCAUACCACACCACCCAAGACUGCCCUAACAACAAAGACUAUAGCUUCCCCUACGGCAGUGGCAACAGCUUGCCCUCCUCGCCAAGCAGCGCCCACAGCGCCAGCUACGCCCAACAGGCUUCGGGGCCCAGCCUGCCCUUGAACAAGGCCUCCUUCUUCAAUAGCUCUGACCCCAACCCAUUCUCCAGCUCCUCCCACACGCCGAUGAGAUGCGACAGCAGGGCGAGCACUGUGUCCCCAGGUGGGUACAUGGUCCCCAAAGGCUCCGCUUCCUUCCAGCCCUCGCCGGAGAACUGUCGUCAGUUUCCCAGCGCCUCCCAGUGGGCUUUCCGACAAGGCUAUGGCAACCUGGACUGGAAUUCGGAGGCAUUCAGCCAGCUCUACAACCCAGGCUUCGACUGCCACAUCAACGAGCCCAACGUCAUCCUGGACAUUUCCAACUACACGCCCCAAAAGGCCAAGCAGCAGACGGUGUCCGAGACCUUCUCCGAGUCCUCUUCCGACAGCACCCAAUUCAACCAGCCGGCAGGCUACCGGAGGGCCAAUAGCGAGGCCUCAUCCAGCGAGGGUCAGUCAAGCCUCUCCAGCUUGGAGAAGCUGAUGAUGGACUGGAACGAGUCGUCUUCAGCUCCAGGUUACAACUGGAACCAGAGUGUCUUAUUCCAAAGCAGCAACAAGCCGGGGCGCGGCCGGCGGAAGAAAGUAGAUUUGUUUGACGCUGCCCACCUGAAUUUCUCCACCGGUUCCUAUCCCUCCAAGAGGGGCACUGGGGCCCGGCAGCCACGGGGUUCGCGGGGGGCCUGUGCCUCCAAGAAGGAGAGGGGCACUGGCAAGACCAAGUUCCCCACCAAAUCCCAGCCGGUGAACCCCCUGUUUCAAGACAGCACAGAUUUAGGUCUGGACUAUUACAGCGGAGACAGCAGCAUGUCCCCACUGCCCUCCCAGUCCCGGGGAUUUGGGCUCGCCGAGCGGGAUUCCUGCGACUACUCGGGGCCUUACUCCAUGAACCCCUCCACGCCUUCCGACGGCACCUUCGGGCAAGGCUUCCAGAGUGACUCCCCGGGCCUGGGGCAGGGAGACCUGGAGAGCAAGCACUUCCCCGUCCUGCCCCACCAGCUCGCCCCGCCACCCCCUCAGCAGACUGUGUUUGACGCAGGCUUGCAGAAAGCGUUCUCGCCCAACUGCUCUCCCACCCUGGCCUUCAAGGAGGACUUGCGGCCCGGCGAUAUCCGGAAGCUCCCGGCCUGCGACUCGCUCAAACACAGUAUGCAAGGGGCGGGCGGCCUGUCCCACUCGGCGGCGCACAUGACCUGCCGGGACCUCCCCAUGGCUCAGCCCCACUACGAGUCGCCCAGCUGCAAAAACCCCGGCUAUUGGUACUCCCCCACCUCCAGCACGCGCAGCCCUCCCUAUGACAACAAAGCCGGAGUUGGGAUGCUGGUGGACUUCAUGGGGAGAAGCCCGGACACCUCCUGCCUCAACCCCCACAUGACCAGCCCCCCCAGCGCCAAUUCUUCCAAGAACGAAAAGGAGCCCAUGGACAUGGCAAGGGCUCACCACCGGGGGGCCUACCUUUGCCCCUUGAUGAAUGACUUGAACCUUUCCCCCGUCCCGAGAGACUCUAUGCUGCCUCUCCAAGACAACUAUAGGUACCCCAGCUUUGCACCCCAGGGGCACCCCAUCAUGGCUGCAGCCCAGAAGAGUGGUUUUUUGGGUCCAAUGCUAGAGCAACAUCCAGAAGACACUUUCACAGUCACCUCAUUGUAGUGUCAUCUGAAGUGCCAACCAGACAACGAGGUUUUGUUUCAGGAGUACUUUAGCCAGCACUUUUUCUGGAACACUUUUCAAGUUCUGUAUUUAAUGGAAAUCAAGAACUGAUCUUUUUGUUCAUUUGUUGGUUCUUUUUUUGUUUUGUUUUGUUUUUUCUAAAAAAAAAAAGAAAAGAAAAGAGAGACAGGUUAAAAAAAAAGAAUGAAAGAAAGGAAAAAAAUAUUUAAGAAGUAAGCAAGAAACUAUUUCCUUGAGAACAGCAUGGGGGGGGCAGUUUUUGAACCAGACUCUUGUCUUCAGCCCUCCUCUCACCCACCCACCCAAUCCAGCAAAAAGACAAUCGAAGGCCACCACCCUGGCAGAGUGCAAGAGUGUGGGGGCUCCUGAGUACCUCCCCAACAUCCACCCACAGCAUGCAUACAAGACGACACAUCGGAAGGCAACAGACGACCACCAAGUCCAAGCCACGGGGGCAAGGACGUUUAUUUUUUUGCUUCUUUUGGGGAGGGUGGGGGAAGAAAGCCGUCUAAUCUGUGAACUCAAGAAACUCAGUAAUAAUGACUGAAGAUUGGCAUUUUGUUCGCUGCCAUCUUUUUCCUCUCCCCUCCUUUUUUUUUUGGGUGCAGAUUUCUUUAUUUUUCCCCCCUCCUAGUUGGUUUGUUGGUUUUGCAUUUUUACAAAACAUUUUUGUUGCUUGAUUUCUUUGGAGAUCCCAGAAGAUUUCACAGCUCUGUGAUGGAUCUUGGCGCCACCAUCAUCUUCCACUUCCAUCACCAACAGGAAGGAGGCCCAACAACCGCCACCGGCUAUGGUCUUGCAAUGAACUGCCGCUCCUCCUGACUUUGCUUCUUUGCCUGGUGGAGGGAUAGGGAGAAGGAGACGUUCCGUUGGAAGAAUCCUUGUCCACAGAGAAAUCCCAGCAAGAAGAUGGAAAAUGUGUGUUGCCUUUCCUGUCCUGUCCCCAACCUCUCUGUAUUACUGUGUCCCCUCUGUGUUACUGCCUCUCUUGGCCCUCCUUGCCCACACCAACCUCCCCCCCCCAGGUUUGUUGCUAAGAUGCUUGUGUCUCCUCUAUUGAGAAGCAAGGUGGGAGGUGGGUUGAGGGGCAGUGGGGCUUUUCUUUCUGCACAAAACCAGCAAUUGUAAAUACUUUUCAAAAAUGUAAAAAAAAAAAAAACAGUACAAAAACAAUCCAAAAGAGCAAACACAAUGAAAACACAUAGAGAUAAGUUUUCAAAAUCAGAAAUAAAUCUUUUUGAGGACAAAAAA